GGCUGCAGCUGGCGAUGGCGGCCCCCAUGGACCGGAGCCUCGGCAGCCUGGCUGCCCGGGCGCUGCGGCGGGUGCUGGCGCUGGCCUCGCUGGCCGGGCUGUUGCUGAGCGGCCCGGCGGGCGCCCUCCCCACCCUGCGGAAGGGCUGGCAGCGCCCAAACCCCGACCCGCCCGUCUCCCGCAUCCGCUCUGUGUUGCUGGACGCCGCUUCGGGCCAGCUGCGCCUGGAGGACGGCCUUCACCCUGAUGCGGUAGCCUGGGCCAACCUCACCAACGCCAUCCGCGAGACCGGGUGGGCCUAUCUGGACCUGGGCACAAAUGGCAAGUACAAUGACAGCCUGCAGGCCUAUGCAGCUGGUGUGGUGGAGGCCUCUGUGUCUGAGGAGCUCAUCUACAUGCACUGGAUGAACACGGUGGUCAAUUACUGCGGCCCUUUCGAGUAUGAAGUUGGCUACUGUGAGAAGCUCAAGAGCUUUCUGGAGGCCAACCUGGAGUGGAUGCAGAGGGAGAUGGAGCACAGCCCGGACACUCCGUACUGGCACCAGGUGCGGCUGACCCUCCUGCAGCUGAAAGGCCUGGAGGACAGCUACGAAGGCCGUUUAACCUUCCCAACUGGGAGGUUCACCAUCAAACCCUUGGGGUUCCUCCUGCUGCAGAUCUCCGGAGACCUAGAAGACCUAGAGCCAGCCCUGAAUAAGACCAGCACCAAGCUUUCCUUGGGCUCCGGUUCCUGCUCUGCCCUCAUCAAGCUGCUGCCGGGCAGUCGUGACCUCCUGGUGGCACACAACACAUGGAACUCCUACCAGAGCAUGCUACGCAUCAUCAAGAAGUACCAGCUGCAUUUCCAGGAGGGGCCAAAAGAGGAGUACCCCCUGAUUGCUGGCAACAGCUUGGUCUUUUCAUCUUACCCGGGCACCAUCUUCUCCGGCGAUGACUUCUACAUCCUGGGCAGUGGGUUGGUCGCCCUGGAGACCACUAUUGGCAACAAGAACCCAGCGCUCUGGAAGUACGUGCAGCCCCAGGGCUGUGUGCUGGAGUGGAUUCGAAACAUGGUGGCCAACCGCCUGGCCUCGGAUGGGGUCACCUGGGCAGAGGUCUUCAAGCGCUUCAACAGCGGCACGUAUAAUAACCAGUGGAUGAUCGUGGACUACAAGGCAUUCGUCCCCUUUGGGCCCAGCCCUGGAAGCCGGGUGCUUACCAUCCUAGAACAGAUCCCGGGCAUGGUGGUGGUGGCCGACAAGACUGAGGAGCUCUACAAGACAAGCUACUGGGCCAGCUACAACAUCCCGUUCUUUGAGACUGUAUUCAACGCUAGUGGGAUGCAGGCCCUGGUGGCCCAGUACGGAGACUGGUUCUCCUAUACCAAGAACCCUCGAGCCCAGAUCUUCCGGAGGGACCAUCCACGGGUAGAGGACAUGGACUCCAUGCUCCGGCUCAUGAGGUACAAUGACUUCCUUCAUGACUCUCUGUCACUGUGUGAAGCCUGCAACCCGAAGCCCAAUGCGGAGAAUGCCAUCUCUGCCCGCUCUGACCUCAACCCUGCCAACGGCUCCUACCCAUUUCAGGCCCUGCGCCAACGUGCCCAUGGGGGCAUCGACGUGAAGGUGACCAGCUUUUCACUGGCCAAGUCCAUGAGCAUGCUGGCAGCCAGCGGCCCCACGUGGGACCAGCUGCCCCCGUUCCAGUGGAGUAAAUCGCCCUUCCACAGCAUGCUGCAUAUGGGGCAGCCCGACCUCUGGACGUUCGCAGCCAUCCGGGUCCCGUGGGACUGAGACUCUACCUCUGCCCAGCUGCCUCUGUCCUAUGUGGCCAGGAGGGUCACACACCUGCCGUCCACCCCUCAGGGCUCUGUCCUCACUGGACUCUGGUCCUAGGGGUCUCCUUCGCAGGGACACAAACCUAGUGUGCUCAGAGCUGACUAUUUGUACCCUGAGCCCGGAGCCCCUUCAUGGCUGUUUCUGUCCCUGUCAUCAGUGUGCUGGGGCUUGCUCAGCUGUGGGCCUGGUGGGAUUCUGGGCAUCAUUCUCCUAGAGCUGGUCCCUCAGUGUGUGGGGACACUGGCGGGGCUCAUCAUUGCUGUCACUACUGGCCUGUGGGCCCAUCACCUCAGGAAGCAGUCCCUGUAUCCCCUCUGGGCAACUUUACUGAGGGCAGAAGCUUGAAAACAACAACCAAAGUUUCUGGCUGCUUGGA